AUGACGGCGCCGCUGGGUCUGCCACCAGCCCUGCUGCUCCUGCUGGGCCCGUGGUGGGCGUGGGCCGGCGGGCGCUGCACCUACACCAUCGUGCUUGCUCCGCAGAAGCACACGGGCGCCUCCAUGUGCUGGAGCGGGGCCCCGGUCAGGCGGCCGGCUUCCCCGGACGCCGCGAACGCCAGCGAGGUGGAGGCGCUGCGCAUGCGCGUGGACCAGCUCGAGGCGCUGCUGCGGGAGCUGCGCGCGCAGCUGCGGUCCGAGCCGGGAGUGGGGCCGGACCAAGGAGCGGGGCUUGAGCCCUCUCCGGGGGCGGAGUCAGGACCCGGAGCGAGACCAGAGACGUCACAGGAGGCGGGGCCAGGAGUAUCUCCAGGGGCGGAGUCAGGAGCAGGGGCGGAGUCAGGAGCAGGGGUGGGGCCCGGCUCCUCCCUGGCCCUGCUCCAGCAACAAGUGCUCAAUGCAUCCAUCGAGGCCCAGAGUGCCAGAGCCGGCCUCCAUCAGCUGGGCACCAAGUUCCAAGAGCUGGCCAAGCUGGUCAGCCAACAGAGCGGCCUCAUCGCCCGCCUGGAGCGGCUCUGUCCCGGAGGAGAUGCGGUUGGACAGCAGCAGGUUCUGCCACCGGCUAUUCCAGUCAGCCUGGGGGGAGGUAGCAGUGCCAGCAGCAGAAGGUUGGACCCCGAGUCCCAGAGAGAGCAGAGUUGGAGGAUGCAGAGGCCUCUGGCCUCCCCACUGUCUGCAGGGCGCCCAGCUGUGCCCACCAAACCAACUGGCCCAUGGCAGGAUUGUGCUGAUGCCCAGCAGGCCGGGCAUGGACAGAGUGGCGUGUAUGAGCUGCGGCUGGGCCGCUACGUGGUGUCAGCCUGGUGCGAGCAGCAGUUGGAAGGUGGAGGCUGGACUGUGAUCCAGAGGCGGCAAGAUGGUUCAGUCAACUUCUUCACCACCUGGCAGCACUACAAGGUGGGUUUUGGGCAGCCAGAUGGUGAAUACUGGCUGGGGCUUGAACCUGUGCACCAGCUGACCAGCCGCGGGGACCACGAGCUCCUGGUCCUCCUGGAAGACUGGGGAGGCCGCACGGCCCGCGCCCACUACGAUGGCUUCUCCUUGGAGCCCGAAAGCGACCAUUACCGCCUGCGUCUUGGCCAGUACCGUGGAGAUGCCGGAGAUUCGCUUUCCUGGCAUAAUGACAAGCCCUUUAGCACCAUGGACAGAGAUCGCGAUUCCUACUCUGGUAACUGUGCCCUGUACCAGCGGGGAGGCUGGUGGUACCAUGCUUGUGCCCAUUCCAACCUGAACGGCGUAUGGCACCGGGGAGGACACUACCGCAGCCGCUACCAGGAUGGCGUUUACUGGGCCGAGUUCCGAGGUGGGGCCUAUUCCCUAAAGAAGGCAACCAUGCUCAUCCGGCCCCUGAGGCUGUGACCAUUCAUCUUCCUGGGGAGGU